AUGCACCUGGAUAGAAGAGGCAAGUCAUCUCUGUGCAAAGCAAUUUACGAAACGUUGGAAACAUAUGAAAAACAGAGUAUCUAUGAGUCAGUACCAGCCAUUGUAAUGAACUACCAAUACAUUACUCAAAGCAACCAUGCAGGAAGUGAAUCUGUCUUGGAGACAACAACUAAAGCAGCUGCAGAAUCACAAAAUGCUACAGUAUCACUAUCAAAUUCAAUAACAACUGCAGCUCCAGAAAAACCAGCAACGUCUGAAUCAGCUCAAGCAACAAGACCAAUAACAGCAGCAGCACAAGCAACAGAAGCAGAAAUGGUGUCAACAACAACUGUAGCAGUUCCACUGAAGUCACUGGUAGAAAAGAGGAAGGAAACCACAGUGAGUAUUGUAUCACCACCUCCAUCCUACGCCAAAGUGUCAUCAAGUGCCUCCACUCAGCCUGCCCACAUAAACUAUGUAACAUGUGAAACAAACAAGAACCUUGAGAAACAGACAACAAAAAUGUCACCUCCAUUAGCAGAUAAGAAGACAGAAACCUCAGUAAGUAUUGUAUCAUCUCCAUCCCAUAGUGAAGUGUUAUCUAGUGCAUCAAAUCAGCCAUCCCAUACUAAUGUGUUAUCAAGUAGGCCUAUAUCAAAUCCCUCAUGCCAGAUAAAUUAUGCAGGAAGUAAAAUAAAAAAGUCUGCCACUCGAGCCUCAAACCGAACCAAAAAAGUACCACAGAGAAGUAAUGAUUUUUUAUGGCCUGCCACAAGGGAGUCCAGCCGCUACCGAAACAUAACACCAGCACCACACCAAAUAUGA